AUGGAGAGCGAUAGGCUGAACAGCACCCCAAACGACGGCUACAAGAUCAAGGGCGCUGCCAACAGAGCACAUACGCAAGAUGCGUGCACCAUCUGCCUCGAGACCAUCAGCGAACGCGCCGUGGCCGUGCCUUGCAACCACUUGACCUUCGACUACUUGUGCCUAGUCUCAUGGCUGCAGGAGCAGUCGACAUGCCCGCUGUGCAAAGCGAAAGUCACUGAAGUGCAAUAUGACUGGCGAAGUCCCAGUGACUUCAAGACUUAUCCUGUGCCAGAGGCAGAGUCCGUGAAGGCCACACCGGAUAGGUCCGACAGCAGACAUCAACGCUACUACCGCGGUCUGCCUGUUCCCCAGCGAUCAAGAUCUACACGACCAAGACUGAAUUCAGCGUCCUCGACCGAUGACUCCCUCACCCGAAGACGGCAUAUCUACCGUAACCGUCUCUACUCCCUCCACGUCGGCGCGAACCGCAUCUCCCAAUACCGCGAAUUUACAGCCCAGACUUUCGCCGCAUCAGCAGAACUUCAAUCACGAGCGAGGAUGUUCUUGAGGCGAGAGUUGCAGGUCUUCACAUUCUUGGAUCAUGCGCCGAGAGGCGGAAAUCGAGACUUCAUGAUCGAGUGCAUUGUGGCUAUUCUACGGAACAACGAGCUAAGAGGUGCAGAUGGGAAGGUUGAGGAACUGGUGAAGGACUUCCUUGGACUUGAGAAUACGAGACAGCUGCUGCAUGAGUUGGAGGCGUGGUUGAGGAGUCCGCAUACCAGUCUGCAGGAUUGGGAUAGGUGGGUGCAGUACGCAGAUGAUGGCGAGAGGCGCACAAGCAAAAGAUGA